GCAAAGUACUAUGUCGAUGUCCAUCCGCCACUCGCCAAACUCCUCAUCACGCUCGCAGCCUGGUUAGGCGGCUUUAAAGGGAAUUUCGAAUUCAAGGAGAUUGGUGCAAUCUUUUUUGCGGACGUUCCAUAUGUCGCCAUGCGCAUGGUACCUGCCGUCCUUGGCGUCCUUCUUGUUCCUAUCACCUACAUUACUCUACGAGCACUCGACUGUUCUGCAUCCUCCUCUCUUCUUGGAGCUGUCCUCGUUCUCUUCGAAAAUGGCCUAAUUACUCAAAGCCGACACAUUCUCCUCGACUCACAACUCAUGUUCUUUACCGGUCUCAGUGUCUUGUUCUGGGUCAUGUUUUGCAAUGAAGAUCGACGACCGGUGACAAAAGCACCAA